AUGGAUGAUCUAGACUGUACCGUGGAACAGAAAUUGAAGGGGGCAGUGUCGUUGCUGCUAGAUGAGGCUUACCAAUGGUGGCUCACUGUGAGGGAAGGUACACAAGCUGACCGUCUGACAUGGGACUUCUUUAAAACGUCUUUCCAGGGGAAAUAUGUGGGCACAAGUUAUGUGGACGCCCGAAGGAAGGAAUUUCUAAACUUGACUCAGGGGAAUAGGACUGUGGUGGCAUAUGAGGCAAAGUUCUUACAAUUGAGUCGUUAUGCUUGUGGGAUAGUAGCUACUGAGUACGAAUGUUGUGUGCGGUUCGAAGAUGGAAUUCGCGAUGAAUUGAGAGUUCUGAUAGCUCCACAGAGGGAGCGAGACUUUGCUGCCCUUGUCAAAAAAGUGAAGAUUGCUAAGGACGUGAAGCGCUCUGAGUGCCAGAAUCGAGAGAAAGAUAGGGGCAGAGUUAAGAGGGAAUUUGGAUCCUCAAGUUUUGGAGGUAGGCCUUUUAAGAAGGCUAAGUUGAAUGGGCCAGUUCGAGCUGGAGAUCUCAUUUGGGUGAGUGCUGGAAAAAGAUUGGAGCGUGUUUUAGAUGUGGGUCCACAGAGCAUCAAGUUAGGAAUUGUCCUCAGAGGCCUACUCAGAUGCAAGCUACAGGACAGGGUCAUGUCCAACCUGUGGGGGGGUCAGCCAUUGAGAGGUCAUGGACAGGCCAGAGGUGGAAAUGGGUUUGGACGAGGUCGUGGGGUACGGGGCAGAGGCACCAGUAAUACUGAGGUGAGACAACCAGCCUUAGUGUAUACUGCUCUUCGUCGAGAGGAUGGUGAUGCCCUUGACAUCAUAACCGGUACGUUCCUGAUUUAUAAUUUACCUUAUGUUUCCUUAAUUGAUAUUGGAUCCACACAUUCAUAUGUUGCAUGCACUGUGUCUGGAACGUUGGGUAUUCAAUCUGAGAGCACUGCUAGUGAAAUGACGAUGUUGAGUCCAGUAGGACAAUCGAUCAAGGUGGAUAAGUUGUUCAAGGAUGUGCCCUUAGAAGUUCAAGGGGUCAUAUUUCUUGCGAAUUUGAUGGAACUGCCAUUCGGGGAAUUUGAUAUUAUUUUAGGCAUGGAUUGGCUAGUAAAACAUCGUGCGAAGUUGGAUUGUGCUGCUAAACUGUUGGUGUUGAGAUCUUCAGAGAAUGAGGAGGUGGUCGUAAUAGGGGAGCAAAGAGAUUAUUUGUCUAAUGUGAUAUCAGCGUUAAGAGCCGAGAAGCUGGUUCACAAGGGUUGUGAGGCUUUCCUAGCAUAUGUCAGCAAUUCUGAGACUAAAAGUCUUACUGUUAGGGAUGUUAGAACUGUUAAGGAGUUUACGGAUGUUUUUCCAGAAGAGCUUUCGGGCUUGCCCCCAGACCGAGAGGUCGAAUACAGAAUCGAGCUUCUACCAGGAACAGCUCCAGUGUCCAUCGCCCCAUAUAGAAUGGUACCAAAGGAGCUAGUGGAGUUAAAGGCUCUUCAAAAGCUGUUAGACCGAGGAUUCAUUCGACCGAGUGUGCCUCCGUGGGGAGCACCAUUGCGAGGAGCUGCUUUGUUCUCCAAAAUAGAUCUUCGAUCUGGGUACCAUCAGUUGAAGGUUAAGGAAGCCGAUGUCUACUUUCAUAGAGAUGAUGAACCAAGUAUUUCAACCCUAUCUGGAUCAGUUCGUAGUAGUGUUUAUAGACGAUAUAUUGGUGUAUUCAAUAAGGAAGAGCAUGAUGAACACUUACGGAUUGUCCUUCAAAUUUUGAGACAGAAACAGUUGUACGCAAAAUUCAGCAAGUGCAAGUUUUGGUUGCGUGAGGUGACAUUUUUGGGUCACAUGGUGUCUGCCGAGGGGAUUAGGGUCGACCCUCAAAAAAUUGAAGCUGUGUUAGGAUGGAAACCACCCAGGACAGUAUCUGAGAUUCGAAGUUUUCUGGGUUUAGUAGGUUAUUACAGACGUUUUGUGGAAGGAUUUUCAGUAAUAGCUGCACCGUUGACUAAAUUGUUGUGA